AUGCGCGUGGCCCAGGAAGCUAUGCUAGCCUGCCACUGGUUCCAGCAAACCAGACCGCCAUUUCAAACUUUCCUCACGAGAAAGACCAGUCGACUUAGCAUCGCAGUUGGUCUGGACGGCUGCGGCAUCUUAUCCCCAGCAAAUAAGGUAUCUGUACACAUGUCUAUCCCUGCUUGUUGUGGUUACACGCAUACUCUAUGUCUCGACUACAGUCCCUGCCCGCAGCCACGUUUCCCCGUCGUCGCUGGAGGUACCAAUCUUACUGCCAUGUCAGGUAUCCCCAAAGUCGGGGAAGGGCAUCAUCUCCCGAUUGUACGCCCAUCUUGCCAAACAAGUAUCUCAUUCCAGGUCAAAUCUCCUCACCUAGCUUUGUCUGACGCCACCCGUCCUCCCGUACGGCCCGUUGCAACUGUAAUUGUCUUCUCUGCAUCUGCUAGCCAGGCAGACUUCCCUGUCGACUGA